GUGGCUGGUUGGGCUGCUGGCUGCCUGCAAAGGGCAGAGAGAACAGACACCCACCCAGCUGCGAUGGCCUCUCCAGCUACAGCAGGGGACAUAGAAGAUGAAGCUAUUUGCUCCAUCUGCCUGGAGUAUCUGACAGAGCCGGUGACUAUCGUGUGUGGGCACAACUUCUGCCGAGCCUGCCUCAGCCAGUACUGUGCAGAAAAGAGAGCAGGGACACCCCUGACCUGUCCCCAGUGCAGAGCCCAGCUCCAGAAAAGGGAGUUCAGGCCCAACACCCAACUGAACAACAUUGUACAAAAGCUCAAACAACUGGGGUUAAAACCUGGAAAAGGGCAAAAGGAGGAACUGUGUGAGAGGCACCAGGAGGCUCUGAAACUCUUCUGCGAGGGGGAUCAAACUCUCAUCUGCGUGAUCUGCCGAGAGUCCCGAGCUCACCGCGCUCACACAGUGGUUCCCAUUGAGGAGGCUGCCCAGGAGUACAAGGAGAAACUCCAGGGAGUCCUGGGCCCUCUGAGGAAGGAGCUGGAAGAGGCCCUGGCUCUGACAUCUAAAGAGGAGAAGAAAACCACAGAGUGGCAGGGGAAAGUGAAGAAUAAGAGAGAGAUGAUUGCAGGUGAAUUUAACAAACUGCACACACUGCUGAGAGAGGAGGAGCAGAUGCUUCUGCAGAGCCUGGAGGAGGAGGAGAGGGAGACUCUGCAGAGGCUAAGUGAAAAUGUAACCAAACUCUCGCAGCAAAGCUCCUCUCUGCAGCAGCUGAUUGCAGAGAGAGAGGAGAAGUGUCAGCAACCGGUUGCUGAGCUGCUAAAGGAUGUGAAAAGCACAUUGAGCAGGAGUGAGAAUGUGAAACUCCAGGAACCAGAAGCUGUUUCUACUGACCUGAAGAACAUGUAUACAAUUUUCCUUGACAUGAGGGAAGUGCUGAAGAGAUUCAGAGGUGAAAAAGUUGCUAACGAGCUAAGGUGGUUUUUUGCCAAACUGUACCUUUUGGACGUGACUUUGGAUCCAGACACGGCAAAUCCCAAACUCAUCCUGUCUGAGGGCUUGGAUCGGAAACAUGUGAGAUACAGAGACAAACGACAGGAUCUGCCCAACAACCCUGAGAGAUUUGAUAACUAUCUCAUUGUCCUGGGUGCUGAGGGGCUCGGGGGCAGGAGGCGUUACUGGGAGGUGGAGGUGGGAGACAAGACAGGCUGGGACCUGGGGGUUUGUAGGGAAUCUGUGAGCAGGAAGGAGUGGGUCACACUCACACCUGAGGAUGGAUUCUGGGUUGUGGGGCUGUGGAAUGGGGAAUACAAGGCCCGUACCUCCCCACUGACCCCCCUCCCCGAAAGCGUCAGGCCCAGGCGGGUGGGGAUUUUCCUGGACUAUGAGGUGGGCGAGGUCUCGUUUUACAAUGUGACUGACAGGUCCCAUCUCUUCACUUUCACUGGCACCUUCUCCAGGAUGCUCCGCCCUUAUUUCAGUCCCUGGUUCAACGCUGGGGGUACAAACGCGGCUCCCCUGAUAAUCUGCCCGGUCCCAGCUCAGGCAGGAGGGAAUCUCUGUCCCUGA